AUGAAGUCUAAAUUUCGUGCUGAUGAGAAGGUAUUCAAAUUUGUUAUAUCGGUCUGUAUACCUUCCCAUCUAGGCGUGGGCAAAUCAUGCCUCUUGCUCCAAUUCACCGACAAACGAUUUCAACCGGUGCAUGAUUUAACAAUCGGUGUUGAAUUCGGUGCCCGCAUGAUCAAUAUCGGAGGCAAACAGAUCAAAUUACAAAUUUGGGAUACGGUAAGUAAAUGUUUCUGUUUCAGUUCCGCUUAUCAUUCUUCCCUUUUGUAUGAACACGCAUUGCCAACAAACUGGCUGCCUGUGGUAAAUAUAUUGUGUGCCGUAUGCAGCUCUAUACGUGAAACGUUCACACAUUUGACCUCUUGGCUUGAGGAUGCCCGACAGCACUCCAGCUCAAAUAUGGUCAUCAUGUUGAUCGGAAACAAGAGCGAUUUAGAGGGUCGUCGGGAUGUACAAAAGGAAGAGGGAGAGGCGUUCGCCCGAGAACACGGUCUGAUUUUCAUGGAGACCUCUGCGAAAACUGCUGCCAAUGUUGAAGAAGCAUUUAUCGAUACGGCCAAAUGUAUCCACGAGAAAAUACAAGAAGGAGUCCUUGAUCAUCGACUCAUCCGAAUGAGAUCAAUGAGUUCAUCGUAG